AUGAGGCCACUGCUUUCAACUUUCUUGGACUCCCGGAGGAAUAUGCGUCCACUGCUCUCAAGUUCCUUAGACUCUACUUGCGAGUAUGGGGCCACUGCUCGCAACUUCCUUAGACUCCCCGUGGAGUAUAUAGCCACUACUAUCGUCCCUUACAUUCUGCUAACGAGUAUGGGGCCACUGCUCUCAACUUCCUUGACUUCCCUGGUUCCUUAUAAUCUAUCCACUAGAAUUCUGCUAACGAGUAUGGGGCCACUGCUCGCAACUUCCUUAGACUUCCGGAGGAGUUGGUAUAGCCACUGCUAUCAAGUCCCUUACAUUCUACUAACAAGUAUGGGGCCACUGCUCUCAACUUCCUUAGACUUCCGGAGGAGUAUGGGGCCACUGCUCUCAAAUUCUGCUUAUGACUUCCUUAGACUAACGGAGUAUGGGGCCACUGCUCAAGUCCCUUUAGACUCUACUACCACUUCCUUCCUAGACUUCCGGAGGAGUAUGGGUCCACUGCUCUCAAGUUCCUUAGACUCUACUAGCGAGUAUGGGGCUCUACUCAACUUCCUUAGAACUCCCUGGCGGAGUAUGGAGCCACUGCUCUCAAGUUCCUUAGACUCUACUAGCAGUAUGGGGCCACUUCUCUCAACUUCCUUAGACUCCCCGAGGAAUAUAGAGCCUACUACUGUCCCAUUCUGCUAA